AUGGCGGAAGAGCCCACGACAUCAGCAGAUCUUGAAGAGUCUUCGAACACUCAACACCAAGCAGCCACUUCUACCAGUGCCGCCGCCGCCGCCCAAGACGACCAACCGGCACAGCAGAUUGAACUAAACGACGAUCCUGAGCACUCAGAACAUGGUUAUGAGAGCGCCAGCGUGGCGAGCUCGAACGUCUCCACGUCUCUAGCGUCUGGCGUACGCGACUACGACUUCGAGAACAGGCGCCGCUACCACAAGUACAAGGAAGGGCAGUACCACUUCCCCAAUGAUGAUGUCGAGCAGGAACGCGAGGAUAUGAAGCACGCUAUGGUUGUACACCUCUGCAGCGGCAAGCUUCAUAGCGCGCCGCUCGAGAACCCGCAGAAGAUCCUCGAUGUUGGCACAGGCACCGGCAUCUGGGCUAUUGACAUGGGUGACGAGUAUCCAGAGGCUGAUGUCAUUGGGACCGACCUGAGCCCGAUCCAGCCUGACUUCGUCCCGCCGAACGUGCAAUUCUUUGUUGACGAUGCCGAGGUUGAAUGGGUAUAUCCAGACAACAGUUUCGAUUACGUCCACCUUCGAAACAUGGCGCCUUCGAUCAAAAAAUGGCCAGAGCUGUUUGCCGAAGCGUACCGGUGA